AUGUUGACAGGUAGUAAUACAAAUAGUUUGGAUAUUGAUAAUGAUUUGAAUAAUAUUGAGAAAGAUAAUAAAGUAGAGAAUCAAAAAAAUAGUGAAAGUAAAAAAAAGCUUAAAAGCAAUAAUAAAAAAGGUAAAGAACAGGCUGUUCAUAAAAUAGUUCACAAUACUAGAAAGUCAUCUAAUUUCAAGACAGAUAUUGUUGAUAAUGAAA